CGAGAUUUGACCAGCUGUUUAGUCUGUUUCUUUAGGCUGGUGUUACUCGGUCAACACGUGGGGAGGAGAGACUGACUUUCUACAAGGACACGUUUGAAAAACCUUACUUGUCAUUAUUGUUCUCAUCGUGGCGGCACCGAGAACCCUACAGUACUGUGUAGCUGUUAGUGUCCUGAGGAAAUGCCACUGAGGUUUCGCUCUGUUGUGCCCUACACUCUGCCCGGAGUUCUCGCACUGAUCGGCUGGUGGUGGUACAUCUCACGGAAGAAAGAGCGACUCAUCAGUCAUGACGGCCCAGAAGGGGCUACAACCGCUAUGGCCCUAAGAACAUCUCCCGCAGAGGGUAGCAACGGUUUAGUUGAGAAAGGCACUGUUUCCCCCACAAAUGACACAGAAAGCCCCACCCACAGACCUCCAAAGGUCACAAACCAGAGAACAGAACAUGAAAAUAUUUCCCAGGUCCAUGUCCAGGACACGGAGUGUCCAGCGGUACCUUCACUGGAACACAGUUCUGAUGAAGCUGCCCAUCAUAUUGGCAGAAUAAUACUAGAGGAAGUCCAUAAGUCCUCAGUCUUGAGUCUAACAUCCCCUGGCAAAGAAGACAGCCUGCAGGUAUCCUCAAAUGACCAUAAAGACCCUGCAGUGGUGACAGAGCUGGAGAAAUGCCAAGUCAAAGAUCUAUCCUCUGCUUUAGAAGCCAUAGUAGAAGGGGUCGUCUUGCCCUGCCAGUCUGGCAAAGUCACCUGCUCCCCCACAACUACACACCUUGCUGAGGAAGAGAGGCCUGAACCAGAGGGCGAAGUUGCAAAGCACCACAGUGUUGUUAAUACACAAGAUGAGAUGGUUAUGUGUGCAGUCACCCCAGCCAAAGUGCAGAGGGUGAUGCCACCAGAGGCUGAUUCUCUAGAGACACCCCCUUCAGCACAGGAUUUCCACCAAGACAUUCUAACCAGCACACCUACCUCCCCGGCCUCCACAGCCCUGACAAAGAUCCAAGACUCCACCAACAGAUCAGUGAGUCCAGAGGUUAUCCAGAUACACGGUGGCAGUGGAGAGGAGCAGGAUCUUGAGCUUCUGGCAGCUGGACUCAUUACUGAGGUCAUCUCGGCAGCCACCCAGGAGGUCCUUGGUGUCACCAGCUGGCAGGUCACAGACAGCAGCCGGCCUAGCUGUAGUAGCAGCACACCACUGGGUAGUGGCAGACUAUGCUCCCAACAGAAGCCAAUCCCAGCAGCACAGCAGCACCACCAUCUACUGAUAAGCCCCUCUCAGAUAGGCUGUGAUUCUAGAGAGGCAACAGAGAAAGAAGAACAAGGGAUGCCUAAUGGAUGCUCGUCUGUUUCAGUAUGGGAGCCUGUUGAAAUCAGUCCCAGUGUUCAUCAGGCAAACAAUGCACAGAGAGGCCAUUGGCCAACACCAUCACACCAAGCAGCACAAAGUACUCCUUUGAUAAACAUGAAAUUGAAAGGUGAUGAAGCUACCAUGCUGGCAGAGGACUCCGCUUGCAGCACAUGCCACUCUGAGGAUGACAUCGGCAGCCAUGACCUCCAGAACAGCGUGUUUGACAACCUGGAUGUGAUCCAGGUGACAGACUUGUCAGCAAGAGAAGACACACAGGCACUGGUUGAGACCCCCACAGAGGCAACGGUUUUGGCUGUAAUCGAACCCAUGUGUGAGAUAAAGAGGCUCAACGGAAUGGGUCUGAGGAAUGGAGCUCAUGGGACAUGUGAGGUGGAGACGGACCAGUCUGGAGGCUCUGAUGUGAACAGUAUGGACUCAGUGGACAGCGGCUGUACUAUGGGUGCUGGGGAAAGCCAGAGCAACCACACUGCCUCCCCGAGCUCUGAGCUCAUCAUCUGGGAAAUUGAGGUGCCAAAGCAUCUUGUAGGACGGUUAAUAGGGAAACAAGGGAGAUACGUGAGUUUCCUGAAGCAGAACUCGGGCGCAAAGAUCUACAUCUCCACCCUGCCUUAUACACAGGAGUUCCAGAUCUGUCACAUAGAGGGUACAAAGCAGCAGGUUGAUAAAGCCCUGUCCUUGAUUGGGAAGAAAUUCAAAGAUCUGGACUUAACCAACCUAUAUGCACCUCCACCGCCCCCCCUCACGUUGCCAUCACUUCCUAUGACCUCCUGGCUUCUGCUCCCCAGUGGAGUGACAGUUGAAGUGAUAGUGGUAAACAUCGUGUCAGCCGGUCACGUCUUUGUCCAGCAGCACACCCAUCCCACCUAUCACGCUCUGCGAAGCCUUGACCAGCAGAUGUUCCUCUGCUACUCCCAGCCAGGCACCCCUGCCCUUCCCUCACCUGCUGAAGUUGGUGUGAUCUGUGCAGCUCCAGCGGUGGAAGGAGCCUGGUGGAGAGCUCAGGUCAUCACCUUCUAUAAAGAAACAAAUGAAGUGGAGAUUAGAUACGUUGAUUAUGGAGGCUAUGACAGAGUUAAGAUCGACUCACUACGGCAAAUAAGGUCUGAUUUUGUAACACUACCGUUUCAAGGUGCUGAAGUAUUGCUUGACAACAUUGCCCCACUUCCAGGAGAGGAUCGUUUUUCACCGGAGGCCACAGCAGCAUUAGAGGAGAUGACCAGAGGAGUGGCAUUGCUGGCACAGGUCUCAAACUACGAUAACAACACGGGCCUCCCACUGGUCCACCUGUGGAACAUGGUUGGAGAUGAGGUGAUUUCAGUGAACCGUACGCUGGCAGAGAGGGGCCUAGGUGUAUGGGUGGAUGGAUUUUGAACUCCUAACACACCAUUUUCACCCCAUUCUCUUGUGAUCAGCAGUCUGUGACAUGAGUCAUCCUAGGGUCCCAGGCAUCUCUGGAUCUAAGAAGAUUGUUUUUCUUUUUUCUUGUUUUUUUGACCCCCUUGAAAAUAAAUUAAAAAUUGUUUGCAGGUAUAAUCUAACAGAACACAGCACUGCUUCAAAAUAAGACAACAUUCCUCUGUUGUUCUUGUUCACAAAAAAACUUAAAGAUGUAAAGGAAGAGGUACUAGUGCAUUUUAAAAAAACAAAAACAAAUCUAUAUUGUAACUAAAUAAAGGUUCAACCAGUAUUUUUUUUCCUGCCCCAUCAUAACUUAAUGUUUAAUCUUAGCAUUUGCUGACUGAUAUGCAUCAUAAUGCUGUGUGGACAAACACCUCCAUCAGUCUAUGUAAACACUUUUUUGAGUUUAAUUGACACCUCAGCAAUACAGGUGAUUUUUGGGGGUUCUUGUCUGGGUAGAAUGUGGCAGCAGAAAGGCUAUAGAGACUCAACGGGUCCAUGCACAGCAAAGAGCAGAAGAGGUUAGAGGGGUGGUACCUGGUGGAGCACCCAGCUAGUCUGCCAGGUCUUUUUUAUUUCUCACUUUGUACAUCCUCAAUUUCUUUCCUCAACACCUCUUCUUGCAUCUUAGUCUCUUCAACCCGAGAUGCAUGCGGAAGAUGAGGGGAAGAGAUGCAAGGAGAGAGGAGUCGAGGCAACAGGCUUUUAACAUAGGAGACAUCCUUGCUUUGAAGCAAUGCCAAUUAAAUAUGACGUGUACAUCAUUUGUCCAUUGUUUUGUUAUAGCCUGAAGCUUUAUUUUCUGAUCUGUCAAAAGAGCAUACCGAUUAUCGGCACCAAUAGUCUACAUAAUGACUCCAUAUCAUAGCUUCCAGAAAAAUGUCUGUCAGCAUUAUGACAUGUAGAAACAUCUCGAUGUUGCAAUUAUGAGUAAUAGAAAAUUUGACCAACAGAUUACAGUAGGCCAUCAUGUAUGCCUACAUAGAAAUUUAGUAGCUAAUUCCGAGGCUUUUUUGGCUGUGCUUUUUACCUGUAAACAGGUGAUCCUUUUCAGCCCUCAGCCUGAUGAGGGUGAGAGUUUCAUCAUCAGUCCCUGUGCAUCUUCACUCAUAUAGGAGCCUUUUAGGAAUUGAGAUGCCCUUCAAGAUGACACACUGAUCAAGUUCCAGGUCACAGGCAGGAGGAGAAAAGAGACAAUGAGGCACAAAUGAGGGGAAAUGAGAAGAGUCCACAGACUUCUCUGGGGUCUCCAUCCAGAGCUGCUGCUGCACCUCCAGCUAGGACAGAGGAGCGAGGUGGUUGCCGUUGCUCUGCUAUUCUCCACCAACUUGCACUGCGUUACAGGAGCCUGGAAUUUCAACUUACCAUACAAAAUGCUGUUGAACAGCUUUUCAAAUUGGUGCUCAAAAGUUGGCAAGAUUACUGCAACUGCAAUUUCUGACAGCAUGUUAGCAAGCCAAAGUAUGGCUGAUGAUGUACAACAUUACGUAAGGACUGUUUGUAAUCUGUUUUUAAAGACUGGCAUAACUGUAAAGAUGCACUCUGAAGAUUUUUUUAUCCCCAAAGUCCUGAAAGAUGAUUUUAAAUAAUUUGCACACAAAGAAUUAUUAUACAAGAUGAAAAUUUUUAAAAAAGUACAUUUGUUAAGUCUUAUCAAAACACAGGUGGGAAAAAAAAGCUGCUGGAGGUCGUUGACUUGUGUUGACUGAUAAACCAUUAAAGACUAAAUAAUGGUAAUAAGUCAGACUGAUGUGGGAAAGAAACACUGUACAAUUUCGUUUGCAGUGCUGCUCUUCGGUGUUGACCUAAUUGUGUUAAUCAAACCAGUUUUUCAUUAGUAUGCAUGGUAAACCAGCCCAGGAGCACCUCUGUUUUCUGCUCUUUGCUGUGCAGACGUGUGUCUCGGGGUCUCUGUCAUCUGUCAGCCUGUGUGUAAACGGGCAUUGUGAUGCAGUACAUAGCAGGACCUUGUUCUUCACAUGUGGAUAACAGAGUUGACUUUGAUUAUCUAAUUGACACAAGCCUGGAUUUUUUAAAUCUGUUCUGAUUUCAUGGGCCUGUAUAUCAAAGCAAGUUCAACUUGGUCUGGUCCUUUUGGGAAUCCCUGGUUUCAUAACUGGUAUCACAAAGCUGGUUAUAUCAACUGCCUUGUAAACUCUGGGCUUUCUUGUCUGGCUGUGAGCACUUUCAGGUGAAAGAGGUGUUAAUUACAAACAUUAUCAGAACUCUGUGACUGUACUUACUAUGACAUGAGAUGAAACUGUGAUAUCCAUUGGGAGAUUGUGUUACUGAGGCAGGAAAAAUAUUUGACUAGGGGAAAUGUGUUUAAUAUAAAAACACAACUUGAGCAGUAUACCAAACUGUAGAAAAUUAUAUUUAAAUAUUAAAAGUAAGGCUUUAAGUGUAGUAAUGAUCAUACCCAUUUAAAUGUUUGGCUUUUUUUCUCUCAAGAUAAGCAAAAUGUAUUAUUUUUCAUCACAAAGUUGCUCUAAUGUUCUCAUCAUUCAGAUGUAAAUCACCAUUCACGAUGGCCUGUUUAGUGUAAGAUUGCUUUAAAACCCAGAGUGCCAACUGGAAAGCCAACAAAGUGAUUUUACUGAUCUAUGAAAGUAUUUGUUGCUCUUAUUGUCACUUUACCAUAAUUUUUCUGUGAUCUGAUUUGUCAGAAUGCAGGCUGUUGACAGGUUUUGAUCUGAUCCUCUGAAGUAGCAUAUGUCAUCAUGGUAAUCUUACCUGAAGUGAGCCAGCUUUGUGAUACAGAAAAGUGUGAGUCAAGCUAAAAAAUAGCUGGCUAAUCUGCUCCUCUCACUUCAUGAUACAGGCCCCCAAAUGGGAACAGUUUUGCUAUUGAAAUUCAUUAAGAUUUCAUAGUGUAAUUAUGCUGCCUUUUCUACAAAAUAAUUCCAGUGUCACUCGAGAUCUUCUGUGUUUGAAAAAAGACAUACGUCUCCAGGAUGAGAAUUAACAAAAUAAUUUUAGAUGGCUAAUGUCAGGUAGAGAGGUGUUGUAUAAAGUAGAAUCAGAAAAGCAGAGCUCAUUGUGAAAAGCUUGGCUUGAGUAAGCCGAACAAACCAGGAUUACACUUGUAUAAACCCAACUCAAAGCAAAUAUGAACAGUUAAAUAAAGUAAGUAAGACAGGUUUUUAUGAUGAGUUAUUUAAACCUACUUCAUUAAACUGAAAACAAGCUCUGUUACCCAGUUAUCUUGCUCAAUGAAACACCUGUCUGUAGGUAAACCACAUCACUGGUACCUGCUAAGCAAGAAGAACCACAGUCCCUCGACAUAUUACAAUAUUUUACUGCUUUUCAGUUAAAUCUGAAGGUGUCGUAGUAUAGACCUGUUUUUUCAGACAUGGAAUCAGAACGUUUAUCAAAUGUUAUGAAGUCAGACCCAUCCCUGUGUUUGCACACCUUAUAUGGCAAUGUUGGAUUCAGCCUGAAAGUGCUAAAAGAACCAUCUAAGGGAUUAAUUUCCACCAUGAAUGUAAUUUUAAAUAUAAACUCCAUGUAUGUCAUACUUUUAUUGGGUCUCUCUUCAGUGGGAAUGAAAUCACUGUUGUUCCAGCAAUAAUGCAGAUUCAUUUUGACAAAGUACUGAAUGGGGAAAUAGGUGUGCUUUAAGUGUUACAUUUCAAACACUAUGAACUAGGAAAGUUGCAAAGCUGUGUAACUGUCAAGACUUAAUUCAUAAAUUCAAUAAUGUAUCUCAGGAAUGGUUAAUUCCCUGGUUGAUUAGUGAAAGGGGGAUGAAUUUGCUUGAAAAGAUGAAAUUCUUAUGUUUUGACUGACUUGCAUACAAGUAUGAGUGCUUGAAGGUGUCCACAUGUUGGUGCUGGAAUUGGAGCAGUAGCCAUAUUGUCUGUUGUUGGCUUGCGUGCAUCCUCCUUCUGUUUCACAUUCAUGGUCUGUCCCUUCUUUUUUACAUCCACAUUAAAUAUGCCAUACUACUAGAUUUACCCCCUUUACACAAACACAAAAUCCCUUGCUACACCUCAAAAUCUGUUUGAUCAAACUAGAGUUUUGUUAAUUCCGCUGUAAAUAAGAUAUUUGACUGUACUUUUCUAUAACACUGGAGAGAAAGAUAUAAAGGGAACAUUAUUAUUUGUUUUUUUUUUGGUCCUGCCUCUUUCAGUCACUCAAUGUUCUCAAACUCUGGGACUGAUUUUUAAGUGUUUGCAUCAUUUGAUUAUUUAAAUGGUUGUUAAGCUCUUGUGCCCAAAAGCAUUUAUCAUGUACAGACCAGUUUUUGCUAGGCUCAUCUUAAGUUUGAUUUGUUGAGUGUACAGAUCUAUUAGGGGGGAAAAUAAAAGUUAUUGAAAGUG